CCUUUGUGCCUGGAUGCAGCAGCAGCAGCGGGCAGGGCACAGCGGCGGCUCCGUCCCACCGCCACCGGUGCGGCAUCGCCCGCACCUCUCCUGCGCUGCUCGCUGGGAUCCGGCUGGGAGGAUGGGACGCGCACAGGCGCUCUCCUUGUUACCCCGCUGCCCUCCCACCACCUUUUUUAUCCGGUGUUUUAGCUGUAUUUUGCGCCCAGCCCGGGUUUUCUAUUCCAAAUAAAGAGCCCCGCAGCAGCCGCGCCGUGGAAGCCUCUCCCUGCCUGAGAUUGCGGGCUCAGCGCGUCCGGCCGGCCUCCGCGGGGCUCCCGCUGCUCCGCCCCGGUACCGGCUCCGCCCCGGCGCGGAACAGGACGCGGCACAUCCGCUUCCCGCGGCGGCCCGGCCCGGUGGAAGGUGAGAGCCGGGGGCGGAGGACUCGGGAGCACGGGGCGGGGGGAACCCCUGAGCCCCCGUCCCCGCCGCAGGGCGGUAUGAGCGCGGCCAAGCCCAAGCGCAUCAAGUUCUCGGACGAGGAGAAAUUCCUCAUCCUGGAGGAGUUCAGCCUCCGCAAGGACAUCCUCAUCCCCAAGAGCGGCCGCUACCGCAACACGCAGGACCGGCAACGCGCGUGGGAGGAGAUCGCGGCCGCCGUCAACGCGCUGAGCCCGGUGGUGCGGCGGACGGCCGAGGAGAUCCGCAAGAAGUGGCAUAACAUGGUGCUGGACGCGCGCCGGGAGCUGGCGGCCGACAAACACCCGCUACUCCGCCAGCGGCCCCAGGAGCGGCUCUUCCAUCACAUCUUCGCCCUCUUCAACAAGCCCGGCCCUCCGCCCGCCCUGUCUUUCGGGCUGCCCGCGGCCGCCCCCGAGCCGCUGCCGCGCGGCCCCGCUCCAGAACGCUUCCCCGGCCCCGAGGAGCGGCCGCUGCCCGGCGCGGAGAGCAGGCUGCAGCCCGCCCCAGGACCGGCCGCCCCCCGGGCCGCCCAGCCGCAAGGCGCAGCCCCCGGACCUCCGCCUGGCAACCCCGAGCCGCCCCGCGUUAAGUGCCCGCCGAGCCCCGCGCUGGCGUGGCCGUGCCUCGAGGCCAUGGCGAGUCCCGCAUCGCUGGGAACGGGCAGCCCCGGGCCCCCGCACGACAACGGUGGCACAGCGGCCUCCGAGGAGCUGUCAGAAAAGCAGAGGCGGCUGCAUACUGAGAUCCUGGAGCUGCAGAAGGAGACCCUGCAACUGCAGAAGGAGAAGAUCGUGCUGGAAAAGGAGAAGCUCCUCCUGGAAAUCCUGAAGCUGCGCAGGGAGUUGGGCACGUGAGGGGCUGCGGGGUGAUGCCAGGAGCCCUGUGCUGCUGCUCCUGGGGAUAUUGAACAUUUUGGGACUUGCCGGGUGCCCACACGGACUGCUGGGUGCUGUGGUGCAUGGGGCUGAAUAAAGUGAGCCAUGUGGGAUGUGGGUAUGGUGCUGUAUGGCUGAGGUGGGGGCCUCAGCUGAAGCCACCUGAGGGUGGCAGGGGGGGACAAGCAGGCACUGGGGACAGCGAUGUUGGUGCCAUAUGAUGAUAAAAUUGUUAAGAUUUGAGAAGACCUCUGUUAUCAUUGAAUCCAACCAUUGAUCCGUUGCUACCAUGCCCAAUAAACCACAUCCCCCAGUGUCACACCUCCAUCGAUGGUGACACCAUCACUUCCCAGCCUGUUCCAAUGCUUUGCUGCUCUUUCAGAG